AAUUUUGACCACUCUGGUUAAGCCCUUCUGCUCGGACAAAGAGAGUCAUAGAGAGAGAGAGAGAGAGAGAGGCAGAGAGAGUUGGUUCUGGUCGCAUGCAAGCGCGUCUUAGCGGACAAGAUCGUUGGCAGACGCAAGAGGAAGAUAGCAGAGACGGAGAGCGAGGGCGUGGCGCUUCAAUCGGAAGAAUUGGUUAGGAAUUGACUGGGCUUAGCGCCUUUGGGUAUUUGAUUGAGCUAUAGUUGUGGUCUUUGGUCUAGGAUAUCUUUGUUUUUUAAGGAUAGGCUUUUGAUUAAGCUUUGAGACUUUUGAAUCCGAGACACGGUGGGCCUCCAACAAUUUCGACGCUGAUCGAGGAAUUGAGGUUUUGGUAAUUGGGUCGUCGAUUCUGUGAGCGUUAAAAAUUGUUCGGAUGACAGAUCUGUGCUAGGAGAGCUCAGAGAAAUGACGGCUUCAGAGGUUUCUACAAAGGGAAGUUCCGGUUAUAGCGACCAAACCGAUGUUAGAAACAGCACCGAAGGGCAAAAAGGUCAUUCCAAAUUUUCCGGCACUAGCAAAGAUGCCGAGACUGCGCUUUACACGGAGCUAUGGCACGCGUGUGCGGGUCCUCUGGUAACCGUGCCUCGUGAAGACGAACGCGUGUUCUAUUUCCCGCAGGGUCAUAUCGAGCAGGUAGAGGCGUCUACUAAUCAACUGGCGGACCAGCAGAUGCCAUUAUAUGAUCUUCCAGCUAAGAUCCUAUGCCGGGUCAUAAAUGUUCAAUUGAAGGCUGAAGCAGAUACUGAUGAGGUAUUUGCUCAAGUAACUUUGAUUCCCGAGGCAAACCAAGAUGAGAACGCUGUGGAGAAGAUACCUCCGCCGCCUCCACUGCCAAAAUUCCAUGUGCACUCUUUCUGUAAGACACUAACUGCCUCAGAUACUAGCACUCAUGGGGGGUUCUCAGUGUUGAGACGGCAUGCAGAUGAAUGUCUCCCUCCACUGGACAUGUCAAGGCAGCCUCCGACUCAGGAUUUGGCUGCCAAGGACUUGCAUGGAAAUGAGUGGCGGUUCCGGCAUAUAUUUCGUGGUCAACCGCGAAGGCAUUUACUUCAAAGUGGUUGGAGUGUGUUUGUUAGCUCUAAAAGGCUUGUUGCUGGGGAUGCAUUUAUAUUUCUAAGGGGAGAGAAUGGAGAACUUCGUGUUGGUGUGAGACGGGCAAUGAGACAGCAGGAUAAUGUCCCAUCAUCAGUCAUAUCUAGUCACAGCAUGCAUCUUGGUGUCCUUGCCACUGCAUGGCAUGCCAUCUCAACCAAAACCAUGUUUACUGUGUACUACAAGCCUAGGACAAGCCCCACUGAAUUUAUCGUUCCAUACGAUCAGUAUAUGGAGUCUAUCAAGAAAAACUACUCCAUAGGGAUGAGGUUCAAAAUGAGAUUUGAAAGUGAAGAAGCUCCUGAACAAAGAUUUACUGGCACUAUAGUUGGAGUUGAAGAUGCUGACGCCAAAAGGUGGCCAAAUUCGAAAUGGAGAUGCCUCAAGGUGAGAUGGGAUGAGACGAGUACUAUGCCUCGCCCAGAGAGAGUUUCACCUUGGAAAGUAGAGCCUGCUCUUGCUCCUACACUAAAUCCUCUUCCAAUGCCCAGGGCAAAGAGGCCCCGUUCAAACAUGGUUUCCUCAUCCCCCGACUCCUCUGUUCUUACUAGGGAAGGUUCAUCUAAAGCGACUCUAGACCCUUCUCCAGCCAGUGUAUUUUUAAGGGUCUUGCCGGGUCAAGAGUUCUCGACCUUGAGAGGCAAUUUUUUGGAUAGCAAUGAGUCUGACACUGCUGAAAAGUCUGUUGUUUGGCCACCUUUGGUAGAAGAUGAAAAGAUUGAUGUUUCUGCAUCAAGAAGACAUGGGUCAGAAAAUUGGAUGUCAAGGGGGAGGCAGGAGCCAACUUACACGGAUUUGCUGUCGGGAUUUGGUGCUAGUUCUGGUUCCUCCCAUGGUACAUGUGCACCGUUGGUUGAUCAAGCUGCAGCAGCUGUUAAUUUUCCAAGAAAACAAUCACUUGAACAGGAAGGAAAGUUUAACUUGCUUGCGAGUCCAUGGUCCUUGAUGCCCUCCAAUCUCUCACUUAACUUGUCAGAUACUAGUCUUAAGGAUCCUGUACAAGGUGGUGAUGUAGCUUAUCAAGCACCAGGCAAUGCCAGACAUGAUGCUAUUACUGAGUAUUCCAUGAUUCAUUCUCAUAGAGUUGAGCACCCACGAGGAAACUGGUUGAUGCCUUCACCAGCCUCAUGUCAAUUUGAAAAUUCUGCUCAUUCAAAAGAGCCAAUGCAGAAACCUGUAUUGGUACAACAAUGCGAGGCUGUGAAGCCCAAAGACGGGAAGUAUAAGCUCUUUGGCAUACCCCUCAUCUGUAAUCCGGCUACACCGGAGCGAGCAGCACCACGGAGGGGCAUGAUGAAUGAGCCAACUGGUCAUAUACUUGAUACUUCUCAUGUGGCUCAGACUCUUGACUCCGAUCAAAAGUCAGAACAGUCCCGGGGUUCAAAAUCAGCAGAUAAUCCACUUCCUGUUAUUGAGAAGAUGUUAGUACAAAGACGGGAGCAACGUUCAAGAGAGGUGCAAGGCAAGGUACUAAACAGUUCAACUAGAAGUUGUACCAAGGUUCACAAGCAGGGGAUUGCUCUUGGUAGGUCAGUGGACCUAACUAAAUUCAACAGUUAUGAAGAACUGAUUGCUGAAUUAGACCAGUUAUUUGAAUUUGGUGGUGAAUUGUUGGCUUCUGAAAAGAAUUGGUUGAUUGUGUACACUGAUGAUGAGGGUGAUAUGAUGCUUGUUGGGGAUGAUCCCUGGGCGGAAUUCUGUGGCAUGGUUCGGAAGAUUUUCAUCUAUACCAGGGAGGAGGUCCAGAAGAUGAACCCAGGGACCCUUAAUUUGAAGGCUGGAGAGAAUCAAUUGGCUGGCGAAGCUGAGGAUGCAAAAGAAUUGAAUCUCAAGUCAUUUGUUGUCACGACUCCUGAGAAAUGUUAGGCCCGGUUCUCAUGGGUUCUAGGUAAUUUUUUUUUUUCUGCAGGCUUCAGAAGAGAGUGCUCCACAGUCUCUCCAGUUGAGAAGUAGGUACCAGUCGAGAUGGAUGUGUCUCAACCUCGUUUAGUUAGGUCCCUCCUUUGUCUAUCAGAAAGCAGAUGUAGAUGGCAGAUAUGAUAUUUCCAGUUUUUGACAUGUUGCUGAGUAUUUUAUGCCGUCCAGUUAUAUACAUAAUAUGUAUUCAGUGCUGUGGGGGCAAGGUGACUCCGGCUUGGCGAUUUCGGACCACCCCCGCUUGUACAUAGUCGUAUUACCGUUGGGUCUGAUCUUUUUACUGUAAGUAAAAAAAUACAGCUUGUUUUGUCGUUUGGGUAAGAAUUGAUUAAUCUAAUGUUUUCAGUUUUGUUGUUUCUUCAAAA